GACUGCCGGGAGCGCGCACGUCCUAGUGUUCCCACGCAUUGCUCGUGCUGUGAUCGCGUGCACAUCGGCUAUCCGCAGCGAGGCGGCCGGUGGUCAGCUCCAGUCCUGAGGAGCCGGACCCAUGUGGAAGCUCCUUCCCGCCGCGGGCCCGGCCCGAGGAGAACCAUACAGACUUUUGACUGGUAUUGAGUACAUUGUUGGAAGGAAAAACUGUGCCAUUUUAAUUGAAGAGGAUCAGUCAAUCAGUCGAAAUCAUGCUGUGUUAACAGCUAACUUUUCUCUAACCAAUCUGAGUCAAAUAAAUGAAAUCCCUACAUUAACAAUAAAAGAUAAUUCUAAGUAUGGUACCUUUGUUAAUGAGGAAAAAAUGCAGAAUGGCCUUUCUCAAACUUUGAAGACAGGAGAUAGGGUUACCUUUGGAGUAUUUGAAAGUAAAUUCAGAGUAGAAUAUGAGCCUUUGGUUGCAUGCUCUUCUUGUUUAGAUGUCUCUGGGAAAACUGCUUUAAAUCAAGCUAUAUUGCAACUUGGAGGACUUACUGUAAACAACUGGACAGAAGAAUGUACUCACCUUGUUAUGAUAUCAGUUAAAGUUACCAUUAAAACAAUAUGUGCACUCAUCUGUGGACGUCCAAUUGUAAAGCCAGAAUAUUUUACUGAAUUUCUGAAAGCAGUUCAGUCCAAGAAACAGCCUCCACAAAUUGAAAGUUUUUACCCACCUAUUGAUGAACCAACUAUUGGAAGUAAAAAUAUUGAUUUAUCAGAACGACAGGAGAGAAAACAAAUCUUCAAAGGGAAAACAUUUAUAUUUCUAAAUGCCAAACAGCAUAAGAAAUUAAGUUCAGCAGUCAUUUUUGGAGGUGGAGAAGCUAGGUUGAUAACAGAAGAAAAUGAAGAAGAAGAUAGUUUCUUUUCAGCUCCUGGAACUUGUGUUGUCGAUAUAGGAAUAACGAAUACACAGAUCUUAAUUCCUGAUUCUCAGAAAAAAUGGGUCCAUUCAAUUAUGGAUAUGCUCCAAAGGCAAGGUCUUAGACCUAUUCCUGAAGCAGAAAUUGGAUUGGCAGUUAUUUUCAUGACUACAGAAAAUUACUGUGAUCCUCAGGGCCAACCCAAUACAGGAUUAAAGACAACGACUCCGGGACCCAGCCUUUCACAAGGUUUGUCAGUCAAUAAAAAACUAAUUCCAGUGGCUUCAGUGAAUACUACAGCAUAUGUAGCUGACACAGAAUCAGAGCAAGCAGAUACAUGUAUGUUUUUGAAUGAAAGACCAAAAGAAAUAAGUAUCUCCAAGAUGGAACAAGAAGUCAGAAUGCUUUCACAAGAAACAUUCACUGUACAGGAACCUUCCAAAACAAGCUCCAAUAAUAACAAUAUAGUAUUAAAUACUUUGGUUAGGACAAAAGUCCCAAACUAUCAGCUUUCACCAACCAAAUUCCUAGGUGUAAAUAAAAGUAGAGAUCGGUCUUCUCAACAGCAGCAGACAAACUCCAUCAAAAACUACUUUCAACCAUGUGCCAAAAAAAGGGAAAGAGAUGAAGAAAAUCAAGAAAUGUCUUCAUCCAAAUCAGCAAGAAUAGAAAUGUCUUGUUCUCUUUUAGAACAAACACAACCUCAAGAAAACAAAAUGGGGAAGAAAUGUGAGCUCAAAGAAUCACUGUGGUCAACUAAAGAAGAGGUAUCUAACAGUGAUGACCUUCAGGACAAUAGUGAGAUGCUUCCAAGAAAGGUGUUACUGACUGAAUUUAGAUCAUUGGUGGUUAAUAAUUCCACUUGCAGAGAUCCAUGUGUGGUGAAUUAUGAUUAUGGUCAAAUAAAGAAUUUCAAGAAAUUCAAGAAGGUCAUAUUUCCUGGAGCAGGAAAGCUUCCACACAUCAUUGGAGGAUCAGAUCUGAUAGCUCACCAUGCUCGAAAGAAUACAGAAUUAGAAGAGUGGCUUAAGCAGGAAAUGGAGGUACAAAAACAACAAGCUAAAGAAGACUCUCUGGCUGAUGAUCUCUUUAGAUACAAUCCUAAUGUAAAAAGGAGAAGAUAAUUGAGAACUUUAAAAGGAAGCUGUGGAAACAGAUUUCCUAACAAGCAUUUACUUCAUGCUAACAGGGAUGUCUCAAUGGUGUAUAGCAGAGAUUUAAGUCCAAAGUACUCCAUGUCCUAAAUUUAUUAAAUAAAGUGCCCAAAACUCCAUUUGUUGUGUAUGGUAA